GGCCGAGGAGGUGAGGACCGAGGUGCGACGAGGCCGAGGGGGCAGGAGGGUGAAGGAGGGGAACCAAAGUGCGCGGCAGCGCGGCGAGUGAUUCGUCGUCGUGCAGGGUCGACGAGGUGUUGUCCGCCGAGAAUCCGCGGGUGUUCGUGGGUCCAUGGGCGUGUGCCAGCGUGCCGCCGUCAGCUCGUGAGGAAGGCGCCGACGAUCUCUCUCUCUCUUUCCACUCCGCCCCGCCCCGUCCCGUCCCGUCCCCCUGGUGCCUCGGUGAGGAUCUGUGUGUUUCGCGCGCGCCCGUCCCGUUCGCCGCGACGAGGGUGAAUUACCAUGUAAACGGAGGCGACGGAGAGGCAGGAGAAAGUCUCUCUCGCGUUUCGUCCCAUCCCUCCCCGCUCCUCCCCGAAACGAGUCGAGGAGGGUGGACCGCGGUCGUCCAGGACGAGGGUGAGAAGCGCGCGAGAAAACCCUCUUCCUUCGGAGUUCAGAGAGUCUCUCCCUCGCCCUGACACGUUGAACGUCGUCGUCUACGGUCGCGCGCGGGUCUGACAGUCGCAAGCAUGUCGGGCGUACCGCUCAUGUCCAGCGGGCUGAGCAAGCUGAAGAAGAAGCACUUCCGGGUGAAGCAUCAGAAGGUUAAGCUGUUCCGCGCGAACGAGCCACUUCUCAGCGUGUUUAUGUGGGGUGUCAAUCACACGAUAAACGAACUUAGUCACGUUAACAUUCCAGUAAUGCUCUUGCCAGACGAUUUUAGAGCUUACAGCAAGUUGAAAGUGGAUAAUCAUCUCUUCAACAAAGAGAACAUGCCCUCCCACUUCAAAAUCAAAGAAUAUUGUCCGUUAGUCUUUAGGAAUUUGCGAGAAAGGUUUGGAAUUGAUGAUUUGGAUUACAAGGAGUCGAUGACAAGAUGUCGGGUGUUUAAUCCUUCGCGAGCAAAGCAGCGUACGGAUUUGGUCGAAGGAAUAGGCAGAAGAACUCGUCAAAUGGUUCAACGCGCCGCUACCGUUCCGUCGAUUACCUUUUCCUCUCCUUCUUCUGCCUCCUCGCACAAUUCUGUUCUAAACAAACCGCUGCGUACCUGCAGUCUUAAACCGAAACGCCUGAGAUGCGGUUUGCGCAUUUCUUCUUUCAGGUCGCAACCAGUGCUCGACGAUUCAUCUGGGAAGAGUGGCGCAAAGUUUUAUCAAUCUUACGACAAGCUGUUCAUAAUUAAAACCCUCACGAGCGAGGAGGUGGAGAGGAUGCAUUCGUUCUUGAAGCAUUAUCAUCCCUAUAUCGUCGAGCGACAUGGAAAGACCCUGUUACCGCAAUAUCUGGGAAUGUAUCGGCUAACCGUUGACGGGGUCGAGCACUACGUGGUUGCCAUAAGGAAUGUAUUCUCGAAUCACUUGACAACGCACAAGAAGUUCGACCUGAAAGGCUCGACGGUGGACCGGGAAGCGUCGGAUAAGGAAAAGGAGAAGGAUCUCCCUACCUACAAGGAUAACGAUUUUGUUAAGGAAGGCAUGAAGAUAUACAUCGGGGAAGAGGCCAAAACUAAGCUAAUAGAAACAUUAACCGCCGACGUAGAUUUCUUGACGAGAUUACACUUGAUGGAUUAUUCCUUGCUCCUCGGCGUGCACGAUUGCGCGCGUGCCGAGCAAGAGAGCAGAGAGCGUGCGGAAAGGGAGGACGACGAGGACAAUCACGAUGAGGAGGAUGAUAGCGAGUCCGGUAGCGGAUUGGAAUCUCGAGGUCCAAUGGCAGACCGCUUGUGGAGUUGGAGCGGCGUCGGCCACGCGGUUACCAACAUGGCAACGCCCCCCGAGUCGCCGCAUGCCGCGUUAAUGCGCGAAACCAGUCUACAGUACGAAGAUGCGAUAAUACCCGAGCUAGAUAUUUACGCUAUUCCUAGUAAAGAAGGUGCUCUCACGAAGGAGAUCUAUUUUUUGGCCAUAAUAGACGUGCUGACGCAUUAUGGCGUACGUAAGCAAGCGGCGAAAGCGGCUAAGACCGUCAAAUACGGUGCUAACGUCGACGGAAUAUCCACCUGUGAUCCCGAACAAUACGGCAAACGAUUCAUAGAGUUCAUGAGUAAAGCAAUAGAGUAAAGAGUAUUAAUUAAUCGUUGUGCAUAAAAUGAUGAAUUUACGACGAUAUUACCGCUUACUGUGUACUGUCGGAGUGAAAUCGAAUUGAUCGCAAUCCGCACGAGAGAGAGAGAGGGAGAGAGUCCCGGAGAUUGAAUCGUUGCAGUCUGCGCUCGGUUUGCUUUUCGGCACUGGUUAUCUUCUUAAUAGCGCUUUCACUUGCGGUUCGCACGCGAUCGAAACGAAUCGCUUGUUUCGCGAGCUUUUUAAGCGAACGCGUCUUUCGCCGAUAUUUCUAUACGUCGGUAUUGUUUUAUUAUAUUUUACGGCUGGCAAGAGAUUUUUAUCCUCGAUUAUUACUUAUAUCGUGUUUACGUUGCUUCGUUUAGUCAGUCCUCACGUCAGUCGUGAAGAAGUGUGAUCGGUUUCUCGAAUCUGUCACUUGAAAUUUCUCCUCCGUGAUAGAAAGUUCAGUCGCACAUAGCGUUACACGUGCAAACGCGCGAGAAUUUUUCAUUUAAAUAGAAAAAACGACGCCUCUUUUCUCUGUCGCCCGUUCUUUCUUCUCAUCGCACACGUCUCGAAAAAAAUGUAAGCGAUAAUACCCAACGAUCUUACAUCGUUAGAUGAAUCAUUCGCGGCAGAAAAAUAACGCCAUUGGAGUGUACACCAAUUGAGCAGGCAGUAUUAUUUACGGAUUGAGAUAAAAAGCUUACGAAGUCGUACAAAUUCUUAUCUACUGAUAUCGGUAGCCGUAAUAUCUGAAAAUAUAUUAGCAAGUUUUUUUUCUUUUUGCGGACUGAUUAACGGGCGUGAAUCAUGUUAUAUUCUACACUCUACAGAAAGAUAUGUAACUUGAUGUGUUACCGUUGCAGUAAAUCUCAACCAAGCAUUGGUGGCGCUUGCCAAGUUUAGAACUGUCUGGGUACGCGCCUAAUCGUUUUAUCAUAUAAGAUGUAAUUUUAGUAGCUCGACGAAACUACGAAUGUCCGUUCUUUCGCUGAGGUUAUCGAUAGCGGUGUAUACUUCGCAGUGUCGAGGACAAUGUACACAUACACGCACACAUACAUGUACAUAUGCAUAUACAAACCAUUGCGAAAUAAAAUACACUUUGUAAAUGUUA